ACCCAUUAAUAGAAUGUAUCAGUAAUAAGAUCGUACAACAGCGCAAACAAUCGCGGUACGCUGAUUGACUUCCCCUAGAAAACCAACUUCAAAUUGCAACACUAUCAUUAACAAUAAUGAAUCGGGUUAAAAGAAUAUCUAAUUACUUUGACUCUAUGCUACCCCUGAUCGAUAAUAUUUUGCAAGUAGUGAAUCAGAUCUUCGAUGAUUACACUUCCUUUGAUGGCCAAAAGCUCAUGCACUUAUACCACCUCAUUUACAAGCAGUGCGCGGCGGAGCGCAAUUGGAAUAAUCCAGCCCAGAAGAACGGGAGAAGUCUUUACAUUGUGCUAUCCGACUGCCUGAUGAAGCGACUAAAAAACAUAGCAUGGGUAAUGGAGAACCAACUCGACGACAACAAACCAAUUCGACUGAUCGCCAAAUAUUUAGAGCACUGGGUACCCUAUCAAAGGUCAUGUGAGAAACUGAACCUAGCUUGCUACCACUUCAACCGCAACUGGGUGGAACGGGAGCGGCUUAAGGGAGACAAAGAAACUUAUCCGAUAUAUCGCUUGGCCAUGAUUAGCUGGAAGGAGCUGGUCUUCGAGCCCAGCGUCACGAUUCUCGCCGCCAUUAGGCUGAUUUUGAGUCAGAUGCCCAGGGAAUACAAUAAAUCAUUGGAAUACCAAGUAUACCAGGUGCUCCAAUCCAUUGUGGAACUGUACGCCAACGAUAAGUACCAAGAUGUGUCCUUGCCUUCUAGGAUAGACAAAAUUUUCACUGAGAAGGUGAUGGAUUUCUACAAGUCAACGACGUUGCACGAAUUCCAAAAGAUCGUCGUAUCCAAUGACUACAAGGAUUUCAAGCAUUUCCUUAGGUACGCAUGCCUAGCCAUGCCAGAAAUUGAGAAUGGGACACAAUUUAAGGCAAUACUAAAAAGAUACCUCGCUGCGAGGCUGCAGGAGACGAGGCUGUCAGGCAAGGAUUAUAUCCAAGCCUUCUUGGGACUUUGUCGCGGUCCUUUGCAGCGAGCAUUGCGGGACCACACAAAAUUGGCGGAAGUCGUGGAUGCGGUGUGCAAAGAAGAAAUUAAUAGAAAGGGCCAGAUAAUUGACCCCACCCGUCUGCUUGUCACAUAUGCCAACGAACUUAUGACCAAAAGGCAGGAGUCCGAGGAAGCAAUUAUUGAUGAACUUAAACGGAUCGUUAAAUGCGUGGAGUUUUUAAGCGAUGAGUACAAAUUUAUUGACAUGUAUUUGAAAGCACUUCGGAUUCGACAAAUCAAUGAAACAUCCACCUCGGACGGCGUUGAGUCCAUAAUGUAUUCCCUUCUGAAUAAAAAAAUGGCAAACUUUGUAACUAGAUGUAUAUAUGUGCAGUUAAGAGAUGUAGAUAAGUUGAGAACCCUAAAAAAAGAGUUUCAAGAUCACUUGAAUAGCAAGGGGAUCAAGUUAGGAUUCGAUUUUCGUCCAAAAUGCUUCAAAAAUGAUGGGAGUUUUGAGAAUUUUAACCUCACGUUGCCCGACGAACUGCAGCAAGCUUGGAAGGAGUUUCGUAUUUUUUACGAAGCAAGAAAAUUACAAAGCAAGGCAAUUAUACAACUUAAUAACGAAUUAUCCUCUGGUGAGAUAACCUGUCAUUUGAAUCAGUCGGUCUAUAUUCUCGAGGUAAGCACUUUGCAAAUGGCCGUUCUGAUGCUAUUCAAUCGGCAUGAACGAUUUACGGAGCAGGAAUUGGUGACUGCUUUGGGAGUCGAGCUGGAGACCCUCCAAGAGGCAUUAAAACAGAUUAAGUUUCUGGUUUAUAUCGAAGUAAAUAAAGUAAAUUAUAUAGAAAUAAACAUGGACUUUACAAACCGGAAACGCCGACUCUUCUGCAAUGAGCCCCUGCCCAGAAAAAUGAGAAAGAUUGAAGAGAAAAGCGAAAUUGAAUUGAAAAUACGGCGAGACAAGCAAGUGGAUGCUGCAAUAGUGCGCAUUAUGAAAGGUCAAAAGCAACUGGAAUAUUCGGAAUUAAUUUCACUCGUUUAUGAGGAGCUUAAAGAUCGGGUAAAGCCACAAGUGAGUUUUAUCAAGAAAAGACUUGACUACCUGGUGGAGCGUGAAUAUUUGGAACGUGAUAAUUAUUAUAAUAUUUACAGAUAUUUGUAGUAUAGAAAAUGAAGGUAUACGAUUUUAAUAAUUUGAAAAAUAUUUUGUAUAAUUAACAAAACGAAGCAAAUAAACAAUAACAAUAU